ACACGCACGCCUUUUUUACUGGCUUAGUUCCCCAAUUCCCAGUAGUUCCUUAUCAUUGGUGUUCAAAACUGUUCGUCCGAUGGCAUUCUGCUACUUUCGUUGGUAGUGAACGGUACUUCUUCGAGUUCCUGAUAUUUAAAAAUAGUUAAUGCGACAUCAUGAAUUUCCAAGACGUGGUCAUUGUAUCUGCUGUCAGAACUCCUAUAGGGUCCUUUUGCGGAAACUUAUCUUCAUUAAAAGGAUCAGAUUUAGGAAGCAUUGUUAUUAAAGAAUGUCUUACAAGAAUAAAUUUAAAUCCAUCUGAUGUGUCUGAAGUAAUUUUAGGGCAGACAUUAACAGCAGGUCAAGGUCAAAAUCCAGCUAGACAAGCAGCUAUUAAAGCAGAAUUUCCUGUACAUGUUCCAGCUUAUCAAGUCAAUAUGUUAUGUGGUUCUGGACUGAAAGCAAUUGCAAAUGGUUACCUCUCUUUAAAAAGUGGAGAGAGUAAUAUUAUUGUAGCUGGAGGUCAAGAAAGUAUGAGCCAAGCGCAACACACAAUUUAUCUUAGAAAUGGUGUCAAAAUGGGAGAUUGUAAUUUUGUUGAUACAUUAUUAUGCGACGGAUUAGUUGAUGCAUUUACUUCUAUUCAUAUGGGAGUGACAGCUGAAAACGUUGCUAAGGAUUUUGGAAUAACUAGAGAAGAACAAGAUCUUUAUGCGAUAUUAUCUCAACAAAAGGCAGCAGCUGCCAUUUCAGCAGGACAUUUUGAUAAGGAAAUUGUUCCUGUAACAAUAUUGAACAAAAAAGAAUCUAUUCUUAUAUCUAAGGAUGAAUAUCCUAAACCUUCAACUACUAUACAGGAUCUUUCCAAAUUGAAACCAGUUUUUAUUAAGGUUAAUGGAACUGUUACUGCUGGUAAUGCAUCUGGUAUAAAUGAUGGAGCAGCAGCAGUAGUUCUUAUGACAAAGGAAGAAGCGAUCAAAAGAGACAUAAUUCCUUUGGCUCAAAUUGUUGGAAUAGCUGAGAGUGGAGUAGAACCAAAUGUUAUGGGUAUAGGUCCAAUACCAGCAAUUGAAUUACUUUUACAAAAAAUCAAAUGGAGUAAAGAUGAAGUAGAUCUCUACGAAUUGAAUGAGGCAUUUGCUGCACAAUCACUGGCAUGCAUCAGAAAACUUGAUUUAGAUCCUAAUAAAGUUAAUAUCAAUGGUGGUGCUAUUGCUUUAGGUCAUCCUAUUGGAGCCUCUGGAGCUAGAAUUUUAGUAACUUUACUUCAUUCAUUAGAAAGAAUAGGAGGGAAAAAAGGCAUUGCAGCAUUAUGUGUUGGUGGGGGAAUGGGAAUUGCCCUUGCUAUAGAAAGAAAAUAACAUUUUAUGUUCAUUCAUUUUGUUACUUAUUAUUGUGAAAAUACAAAAUUUUAUAUUACGCGGUUUUUAAGAUGUAUGAAGGAAAAAACCUUUUAUUUUUAAAUAUUUUUAUUUUUAAAUACCAUAACUAUUCAUCAACUUUUUGAUUAACAGAUGAUCUAAUUACUUAAUGUUCUUAUAUUUUUAUAUUUGUUUUAUGACAAUAAAAUAUUGACAUAUAGUUAAACAAUUAAUCAUCAACUAUGAAAUUAUAGUAUUUAAAUAACUGUGGAGUAUGAUGAUAGACAACAUAAACUAUGCAUGCAAUUGUGGUAGUCAAUAUUAUUUAAAAUAUAUCAAAUGUAUUGAAUAUAAUUUAAAAAUAUGGUUUGAAAUCUGUACAAUGUACAUUAUCCUGAUUAUAUAAUAUUUUUUAUUAGACAUACACUUGAAAAUGAACUAUAUGCAAACAUUCAAAAAUAUUACAUUAUUAUAUGAAAGAUAAUUAUGGAAAAUCAUAAUAAUUUAUAAGGCACAAGCUUCUUUAUAAAUAACUAAAUUAAGACUUCUCACUAUUUUUGUACUAAUUAGCCAAACAAAUAUUGCUGAGCUGGUGGUUAUUCCAAUCUAAUGAACUAAUUCAGAGUGCCUUCUUUUAGAUAGAUUUAAUAUAAACUUUAUUACGUUUAUAUAUGUAUCAACAAUAAAUAUGUUAAAAAAUAG